AGUAGUCACUGAAGUGAGCCUCAUAUAUCAAAAUUUUAAUCAAUUUGAACGGGGUCUCAAAUGCACCAUUUUAGUAAUAGAUAAUGAACACUACGUUAGUUUUACUCUCUGACUAAACGGAAUUUCUAACGUUGCUGACUUGAUAUAUAUGUGGCAGCUGACUGGGUUGAAAGUGCCAGCUGUAAGUGCACACCUUCUUACGUACUAAACACAAAACAAUCCCGAUCAAACUCAGAUAAAAAAACCCUAUCCCUCUGAGCUUCAACUACAUGCAUCUAAUCGGCGACGCAAUCAGGGGGAAAUCGCGUUUAGUUAGUCGAAUAUUCACUAAAUAAGAGUAUGGAGUCAUUGAUAACUAUAUAUGUGCAUCAUCAUGGGGAGUUGUCACAUAUACCAAAAGUCGAAUAUAAAGGGGGCAAAGUUGAUUUUAUUCCUGGUUUUGACACUGAUGUAUUUUCAUUUAGAGACUUGGAUGAUUUUGCCGAAAAACAUGGUUAUAGCCCCACUGACUUGGUUUAUUUUCAAACAUCUGGAAUGUCUAUCGAAGAAGGUGUUAAACUAUUGUAUGAUGAUAAUACAGUAAGAGAAAUGGUAGAUAUUCACAAACCCUUGGGUAAGAUUGAUUUAUAUGUUGAUCACUAUGAAUUUGAUGAGGUUAUUGACGUAGCCCAAGAAAGUGAAUUAAAAGGAAGUGAAAAUGUUGAGUUGGGUGGAAAUGAGGAGAAUGAAAGGGGAGAUGCUGAUUACAAUGAUCCAGAUUAUUAUGUAGUAACUGAGAGUGAGAAGUCUGAGAGUUUUAGUGAUGACGAAAUCUUUAUUAAUAGUGAUGAGGAGUUUACAGAGUAUAGAGGGAAUGAGAAGCGAGUGAUCCAUGACAUGACUCAGGGUGUACAGGUUGGAAAUGAAAUUGUCACUGUAGGUCCAAUGCUUAUAAGUGACGAAUCUGAUUUUGGUUCUAUGGAACUUAGGUCUGAUUACUCUUCGAGCGAAGACGAGAAUAGCAAAAUUGGAUAUAUAGGUCCUCCAAAUCCUAAGAAAAUAAAAAGAAAAAUGGCAGGAUUAAAACAUGGUGCUGAUAGUAAUGUGAUCAAUUGGCAAGCGGGGAUGAAAUUUGCAAGUCUAUGGUGAUAGAAUUAGAAAAAAUCCACAGUGGAAGGUUAAGGAGAUGGCUGAGACAAUUAAGAAGGAACUGGAGGUAGAGGUGCCAAGGAUAAAAAUAUUGAGGGUUCGAAAAAUAGCACUAGAAAGUGUGGCUGAAGCACUUAAAGAGCAUUAUUCCAGACUAAGGGACUUUGCCAAUGAAAUCCUUAAAAGUAACAAGAAUAAUACAGUUCAGAUUAGGACAACAAGAUUGAAUGAAACUGACUCGAACAAGUUUAAGAGGAUUUAUGUUUGUUACCACGCUUUAAAGGAAGGGUGGAAGGCUGGGUGUAGGCCUAUUAUAGGUUUUGACGGAUGCUUCUUGAAAACAGUGUGCAGGGGACAGUUAUUAUCUGCUGUUGGAAGGGAUGGGAACAAUCAGAUGUUCCCAAUUGCAUAUGCUGUAGUUGAAAGUGAAAACACGGAGUCAUAGAAGUGGUUUACUGAGCAAUUGAGUGAGGAUCUUGAGUUGGGUAAUGGUGAAGGAUACACUGUGAUUAGCGAUCAACAAAAGGGCCUUGACAAGGCCUUGAAGGACUUGCUCCCUCGGGUUGAACAUAGACUUUGCAGCAGACACAUUUACAGUAAUUUCAGGAAAAGGUUUCCAUCUUUGGCCUUGAAGAGAGCCUUCUGGAAUGCUUGUUGUGUGACACACCUUGCAGCACACAUAAAAGCAAUGAAAGACCUUCAAAAAAUCUCCAAGCCUGCACAUGAGCAGUUGUCAAAAGUAAGGCAUAUUUUGGUACACAUAGUAAGGCAGAUAAUGUAGAAAACAACAUGAGCGAGUGUUUUAAUGCAUGGAUAAUUAAUGAACGAUAUAUGCCGUUGCUGACUAUGAUGCAGGAAAUACACUUCAAACUCAUGACUAGGAUGAGACAGAAAAGGGAUGAAAUGCUCAAGACUGAUUACUUAAUCUGCCCAAGAAUUAAGAAGAGGUUGGAUCUGUUGAUCACUGAGUCGAGAAAUUGGACUGCUUCCUGGGAUGGUCAAAAGUUGUUUGCUGUGAAACAAGGGACAAGGGUUAACACUGUAGACCUGGAGACAAUGUCAUGCUCUUGCAGAGUAUUCGACCUCACAGGAAUCCCCUGUGAGCAUGCAAUUGCUGCAAUAUAUGACCGGAGGCACCAGGUAAUUGAUUAUAUCUCAGAUUACUAUAAGAGAAGCAAGUAUUUGGCAUCAUAUCAACACUCCCUUGAAGCAAUAAAGGGUGAAGAGUUUUGGGAAGUUCAUUCUACAGACGAACUUCUACCACCUGAUAUUCCAAAAAAACUUAGAGGAAGGCCUAAAAGGUUGCGAAGGAGGGAAGAUUGGGAAGGUGGCAACAGGAUCCAAUCUUCUCAAGUCAAAACUACUGGACCUAUCUUGCAGAGGUUUAGUAACCGAAGGAAAAUGCAUUGCAGUUUGUGCAAAUCACCAGAUCAUAGAAAGAGUAAUUGUCCAACAAAGAGUCAACUACAGGACAAUGAUCAAGGCACUCAGACUCAACCACCUGGCAACAAAAAGACAAGAACAAGAACUGAGAAUGAGGUACCAGUGGUGACUCAAACAGCACAGGAACCGGUGGUGACACAGGAUGAAAAUCAUGUAGUCGCACAGAGGAAGAAAACACCAAAAGAAGCAAAAAGACAGAAAAUACAAGUUCGAAGAGCAGUAAAGAAUGUUGACAAGCAAAAGUUGCCAUUUGUGAAGAACAAUGAUCCUACUGGUGGAGAUUGAAAUGAGUUAUAACCAACCUUUUGUUAUAAGCAGCAGAACCUUUGUUUAUGUCGUUUUGCUAAAUUUUGGUAUAUUUGAACACUUCAGCAGUACUUUUGCGCUCUGAGACUUGGAAUGUAUUUCAGUAUGCUUAUUAGGAUAACUUUAAGAAUUUGUCACAGUAUUUCCAAGUUUGUUAUGAGAUGGUGAUUUUAAGAAUUAAUUUUCUUUA